AUGCGGCUGCUCCUUGAGCGGGGCGCCCACACCGAGGCGGCGGACGUGCGCGGCCGGACACCGCUGUGGAGGGCCGCUGAGAAAGGGCAUGAAGCCAUCGUGCGGCUGCUCCUUGAGCGGGGCGCCCACACCGAGGUGGCGGACGUGCGCGGCCGGACACCGCUGUGGAGGGCCGCUGAGAAAGGGCAUGAAGCCGUCGUGUGGCUGCUAUUCGACCGGGGCGCUCACACCGAGGCGCCGGACAUAUGGGGCCAGACGCCGCUAUGGAGGGCCGCUGAGAAAGGGCAUGAGGCCGUCGUGCGGCUGCUCCUCGACCGGGGCGCCCACGCCGAGGCGGCGGACAAGAUGUGGGGCCAGACGCCGCUAUGGCGGGCCGCCGAGGAAGGGCACGAGGCCGUCGUGCGGCUGCUCCUCGACCGGGGCGCCCACACCGAGGCGGCGGACAAGAUGUGGGGCCAGACGCCGCUGUGGAGGGCCGCUGAGAAAGGGCAUGAGGCCGUCGUGCGGCUGCUCCUCGACCGGGGCGCCCACGCCGAGGCGCCGGACAAGUGGGGCCAGACGCCGCUGUGGAGGGCCGCCGAGGAAGGGCACGAGGCCGUCGUGAGGCUCCUAGAAUUUUGGUGUGCUCAACUUUCGUCGACUACGUCACCUUAG